AGAAGUAGUGUGGUUUCUUCUUUCAUCUCUUAUCUUUCUAAUUAUUUUAUGAUAUAUACACACACACAAAAGAAAAGCAUGUAUGUAAAGACAGAAGCACAUAUAUAUAAAGACACCCAGUAGUUCACUUCUCUAAGAAGAUUUGUCCAGGCACACGCCAAAACACAAAAACAAACCUUCAAGAACAGAUCAGUUUAAUAUUUAUAUAUAAACGAAACAAAUGGAUAUUGGUUUAAUACAAGAUCUGCCCAUGUUGAAUUUCCCAUCACCCAUCAAGAUUCGAUCCAACAUAGAUGAUGACGGUAACAGCGGCGGCUGCACCACUCCCACUUCCUCCCAUCACAAGAUUCCUCCCUUAACCGCCACUACUCCUCCUCCUCCGCCGCAGAAACGGCGCCCACCUCCGACGCCGUCAUCUCUAGUCAGAUCUUGCAAGAGGAAGCUUAUGACGUCAUCCAAGUUUGAGAUAAUCGUCAACAAAGAUGAGAUCGAUCGCUUCUUCUCCUCUGUUUACAACCAGAGGGUGACGUCGUCCCCCACAACCACAACAACCACUACCACUACGACGGCUCUGACAGUGUCCAAGCGACGGAGAAGUUUCCGUUCUUGCUCCAGGAAAUAAUCAAUAGAAAUUGUUAGGUGGUAGCCAUAAAGACUUCACCAUCUACAAGGCUUUGCUUUGCUAAUAAAUCAGCAGCUGAGUUUUUCUCUCUAGGAAUCCAACGAAAAGAAAUGAAAUCAAAUUGGAAAGACAGAUCAGCAAUAUCACAAACGAUUCCGUACAGCUCCAAGGGAACUUCCCUCCCCUUGAGGGCGUUGAUCAGUUGAACUGAGUCAGAUUCACAUACCAUUCGCCUCACACCAAGCUUUUUACUCUCUGUAAUUGCCUUCCUCAAUGCCAGCCCUUCUGCUGUAAGCGCUGAAACUACUGCUGUUAUACUCUCCGAUCCCGACGAGAUUCCUCGCGCUAGCUUUAAACUCCAGCCCAGUCCUGCUCUUCGACUGGAAGCUCUCCAGGCCGCGUCUGACUGUAGAAUUACACAAUUUUCCGGUCACUAUAGUAUUGUUGAAGCAAAGGCUGUUUCUUGCCAACCAGAUUUGCCAGAGAAUCCAUGGAGCUAGGUGUCCUUCCACUAGACCAGUAGGAGGGGCUGCUCGCCAUACCCCUUGAGCAUAAGGACAGUGGAGGAAGAGGUGAUUUAUAGAUUCAAGCUCCCCACAUCUUUUACAUCUUGUGUCUACACUGAUGUUCCUAGCUGCAAGCAGCUCUCCAACAGGUAAAGCAUUCUGGAACACUUUCCAUAAAAAUAGCUUGAUUUUUGGUGCUGUGGUCAGUUUCCAAACACUUUUGAACCAGUCUAUUCUGUUGAUGUCGGCUAUAUUUCCUCUCUCCUCUCGCUUGGUUUUGAUUGCAGCCUGAUAUCCUGAUUUAGUUGUAUACUCCCAUGUAUUAGUUCCCAACCAAACUCUCUUGUCGGGAGCCCCCGAUAGACUUGGUUUGAUUGCUUUGAUCUGUUCUUCUAUCUGUGGGAACAACUGGUGCAAUUUUCCUUCAUCCCAUUCAUUUGUUUCCUCUAAGAAUAGAUCAGAGACUGUCAUGUUCAUUUCUGCUUCCGGUGCCGGCCCCAUUGGCCCUUCCUGUUCCGUGAGACUCAGCCAUGGAGAGUACCACACUGUGAUGGAGUUUCCAUUACCUACUACCCAUCCCAUGUUUUUUACAAUCAGAUCCCUUCCAAUCAAAAUGCCCUUCCAUCCAUGCGAUGAAGAAGUCUUAUCCGUACACGUGAGAAAACUCUCUUCUGGACAAUAUUUUCCCAGUAAGACUCUCGACAGUAGAAUAUCGGGAUUAUGAAGGAUUCGCCAGCUUAACUUUCCCAGGAACGCAUCAUUGAAAGCUUGGAAAUCUCUAAAUCCGAGGCCUCCAAUUUCCUUUGGUUGUGUCAUCUUGUCCCAUGAAGUCCAAGCCAUUUUUUUCUUUCCGUUACGGUCGUCCCACCAGAAUCUCGUGACCUCCGACUGGAUUCUUUUACACAGAGAUACCGGCAGUUUGAAGCACGUCAUCGAAUAGGACGGGAUAGGAGAUAGCACACUUUGCAACAUCGUCAUUUUACCGGCUGUGGACAAAAAUCUAUUAGACCAGCUGCUGCCUUUUUGUCUAAUUUUAUCGAUUAUAGAGGAGAAGAGAUCCCUCUUUUUCCUCCCAAAAUGCUCUGGCAAUCUAAGGUACUUUCCUACACCUCCCUCUUUUUGGAUGUUCAGCUCGUCUUUGAUCCUGUUCUUUAGAGUAGCCGGGGCUCUUUUUGAGAAGGUGAUAGACGAUUUCAGAUUGUUGAUGGACUGCCCUGACGCUUCCUCAUACUGGCUGAGGAUUCUUUUAAGCGUCUGACAGCUAUCUUUAUUAGCUCUUAUGAAGAACAUUGUGUCGUCCGCGAAGAGGAGAUGGUUGACUCGAGGGCAUGCUCUCGUCACCCGGAUCCCCUUAAGAGAACCCUCCUCGCUUGCUCUGUUACACAGUCCCGAGAGAACCUCACUACACAAGAUAAAUAUGUAGGGAGAAAGACGGUCUCCUUGACGGAUGCCUCUGCUCGGUGAUAUCCUUCCUCUAGGCGAGCCGUUAAUGAGUAAAGUUGAUCUGAAAUUCAUGUUGAUCUCUGACCUUUUUUGGGCAGACAGGUAGAGCGAUAACUACGGCUUUGGGAUCUGUAAAUUAAUGUAAUAAAUGUUGUUGUGGAUGACGCCUCGUCUAAACUAAUCUAAAAGUCAUUAGGGGUGCCCAUCCGUCAUGUACUCGGAGAAGCGAAUAUCCACAUUUUCAUAAAUAAUAGUAUACUUCAGUGGUCGUAUGUGAUUAGAGAGAAUUUCGAGUGUAAAUCUGAUAAUUUUUUCUUUAACAUCUUCAUCCAUUUAUUGAUAUUCAGCCAAAUACGCAGUAUAUAGACU